AUGAGCCGUAUCAGAACAGGCCCACUACCUUACGAUAAUAGCACGAGCCACCAAACAAUGUAUAAUCCGUAUAUGAGAUAUGAAGAGACGCUGGAUGAGGAAGACGUCCAGACGCCUACAAAAAGGGCCAGAAUCGGGGGCGGCAUGGGCCAUAUCCAUUUGAAAAACAGCAUUUCCAGGCAAUCGAGCACAUCAUCCGUCACUAGUUAUGUCGACAAUGGCUCUUCUCCUCCUCCCAGCAAUAAUCAUGUGUCAUCGGAUUUGGAAAGUUUGCCUGACUUGACCGAUGACGAGGGAUAUCCAACGCCAAGAAGCUCUCCGUUGAGAAAACGCCCCCACCAUUUCGUGUUUUUAGAAGCACCGACAACUUGUGGUGGUCAUUUGAACCAAAAAUUGGUAUUUGAGGCAAGCGAGACGUGCACAGUGACGCUGGAGCCGGAGCCGGAGCCGGAGCCGGAGCCGGAGCCGCGGGCGCCCUCAAUAUUUGACGUGCCCGAGAUUCUCCACAGGAUUAUAUCCAUCUUGGAUGCCCAAAUAGACUAUUCCUGUGAAAAAACUCAAGUGAGGCGAAGACCUCGCUCGCUAAGACACGCAGUAUUGAUCCACGGCAGUAAAGAAAAGGCUGAAAAGGCGUUAACUUUAGAUCAUCAACCGCAAUCGACAGCCAAGGAGCACUGUUUGUUGUUCCCGUUAUUAUUCGUCAACAAGUUAUUCCAUCGCGUCACGUUGGAUAUAUUACUACACAGGUUCCAUUUCGGCAAGGAGGACGUGCUUGAGAAAUUGGACUACAACCUUAGUACAACUUUCCAGCCGCGUCAUUUCAGCUUGUCCAAGCUUUUCCACCUCAAACAAUCAAGAUACAAUGCGUCUACCAAACACGUUGAUUUCCACUUGUUAAAACUGUUUACCUUAUUUAUGUGUCCCAAAAUCGACCCGGUUUGGCAGAAUUUGGCUGCAGCAUCUGGCAAUUUGAGGGAGGUUGUCAUCACGGGGAACAAGUCCAUUGAUGAUGAGUUUUGUCAGCGAGUCAGCGAGCAUUGCCACAGUUUAGUCACGUUUGACAUUCGUGGUUCCGAACAUAUUACUGAUGCUGGUCUUUCAGCGAUAUUUCUGGCCAACACCAAUUUGAUCAAUGUCAAUCUAGGCCGGAAAAACAAGGGCCAUUUAAUCACGGACCAAUCUCUUGACACCUUGAUUCAAAACAACCGCAAGUUGAACACAUUGGGACUUGCGGGAACCUAUGUCACUGAUACCACCUUGGUUUCCAUUUCGAAAAACUUGCCCCACAUCAAGCGACUCUCGUUGAACAAGUGCAUUAGAAUAACCAAUCUGGGCGUCUCGUCAGUCUUCCACUACAGAACUGGGUAUUUCCAGCACUUGGCCGUGCUUGAGUUACACAACAAUUCUCAAUUGGUCAACUUGACGCAUUUAAUCAAGUUUAAGCAAGGGAGAGACUAUCAAUUCCAGCGCGGUUUGCGAAGCGAGCAGUUGCUUUUGGAGCUAUGUGAAGAGUUGAUGUUGCGGUAUCGCUACCAAGAGACGGAGAUGGACAGAAUUGUGUCGCAGAAUAUCGUUAAUGAUAUCCUAGUUUUCGUCAAUGACGAGAUCAACGAUGGCGAUCUAUCGGCGGAGAUGGUCCAGCAACUUCGAGCUCGAUCCGUCAUCAGGACUCGCUAA